CAGGCUGAUAGUGUAAACCGCAGCAUGGAGAGCCAUCGGUCAUCAUCUCCCAUCCUGGGAAGGACCUCACCUUCCAAAAAGGUGCAAUACUUCACAGCCUUCUCAGCCACCAUGGGAGCACUGGCAAUGGGGACAGUACUAGGGUACUCCUCUCCUGCAGGGCCCUUGUUGAUGUCCAAUGCAACUGCAGGGCCAGUGCAUCUUACUAAGGCCCAGAACUCGUUUUUCUCAUCAUCCAUGAAUCUUGGUGCACUGGCUGGUGGUCCCAUUGGGGGUGUCUGCCUCAAUAAGCUUGGGAGAAGAGGGACGAUGCUGACUUCUGUGGUGCCGUUUGUUGGUGGCUGGCUUUUUAUUGCUUUUGCUCAGAAUUUUGCCAUGUUGAUGACUGGCCGUAUUAUUACUGGCUUCUGUGCAGGAAUCACUUCAUUGGUUGUCCCAACGUACAUUGGAGAAUUUGCCUCACCUGAUAUAAGAGGCACUCUUGGAAGUGGAUUCCAGUUAAUGGUUACAAUUGGUGUCGUGUAUUCUUAUGCCAUUGGAGCUGUUGUGAAGACAUGGCAGAUGCUUGCUGGCCUGUGCAUUAUUCCAGUUUUGAUCUACUUUGUAAUGGUCUUCUUUGCCAAAGAAUCUCCAAAUUUUCUACUCUCAAAAGGAAAACUGGAUAAAGCUACGGAAUCAUUACAGUACUUUAGAGGGAAGGACUACAAUAUCCAGACAGAACUGAACAUGUUGCAGCAGUCAGUGGAGGAUGCAAAGCGCAACAAGGCUUCAUUUAGGGAUCUUCUAAAACCAUACAUCUUGAAGCCACUUUUGAUCUCCCUCACUCUGAUGUUCUUCCAACAGUAUUCAGGAGUGAACCCAGUUCUUUUCAAUCUCACCACCAUCUUUGAAGACUCAGGAUCAACAAUCUCAGACAGCAUCAGUUCCAUAACCAUUGGUGUUGUGCAAGUUCUGGCAACCCUUUUGGCAACAGUGCUCAUGGACAAAGCAGGGAGAAAACUCCUGCUGAUUGUUUCUGCUUCCAUGAUGGCUCUUUCUCUCACUGCACUUGGGGAAUUCUUCUAUGAGAAAAUGGAGGAUGAGGUAUGGGCAGUUGAAACCUUAGGCUGGCUGCCUUUGGCAUCACUAAUUAUCUUUAUUGCUGCCUUCUCAAUUGGUUAUGGCCCCAUUCCGUGGCUGAUGAUGGGAGAGCUUUUCUCCCCUAAUGUGAAGGAAGCUGCAGCUGGUCUAGCAACUAUGGUCAAUUGGACCCUGUCGUUCAGCAUAACUCUGAUAUUUGUGCCUCUUCAGGAUGCCAUUAGUGACUUUGGUGUCUACUGGCUGUUUGCAGGAGUGUGUGUACUCAAUCUCAUAUUCUCUGUGACAGUAGUCCCUGAGACAAAGGGCAAGACACUGGAAGAAAUAUCAGCCUAUUUUGGUGGGCCAGUAGUUUCCAGUGACUCACACCCUAGUCGUGAAAGUGAUGCAUGAGCGUGAAGUCCCAUGAAAUACUGUAGAAAAUUAUUAAGAUAGAGAAGUGCAUGCUAGAUUCUUAGGGAAUAAAUUAAUAUAGAGCAUUUAAUUCAUUCCUAAACUUGAUGAUUUGGUGUAUGUCAUAUAUGUGGGUUUUCAUUUGCACCAUUUAUGUGUGAUCUGCAUCACUAUUUAGAUUGUUUUUUUCUUGAUUGUUUGAUUUACAAGGUUGUGACUGAUAGAAAUAUCAAUUAAAUUCUUAUUUGUUGAUGACAGAUGAUCUGAUAAACUUUGGUCCCACCUAAACAAUAAUUUGUUUUUAACCAUUCCAUUUACCCAGUGUCACUGCAUGAAUCAACCUCAGGAUGGUAUGGCCUUGUUGUUUUGGAAAACUUGUGUCAUAUUUGUUGUGUUGCUUUAUGAACUAUCUUUUGAGGUACAUUUCUUAGUUUAUCAGUUAUGAAUCAUGUACAAAACAAACAAAGUAGUAAGAUGAUGUUGCUCUUUAUAAUUUCUACAGAUGAUCAUGAAGUAGUAUAGGAACUAUAAAAAAGAUUCAAGAAUGUAUUUUUGAUAAUGUUUUACUAUAGAGAAUGAUAGUUUAUUAAUUUAUAACCAGAGGACAAAUAGUUAUACAGUGGACAGUACUGUAGUUUGACUUACUGUCUGCCCACAGACAGUGAUUCAAUAGUGUUUGAUUUGGUCUCACUGAAUAGUCAAUAUUCAAUUCAUAUUACUCAUGGUGUUUAUAUUUUAGUUUUCAUACCAGUUAGGAAUACAUAUCUCUAAAUGGACAUGGUGACAUUUUUCUAUUUUUCUUACUGUCCCUUCAUCCGAAUUGUAACACAUAAGUUUGGAUUUGAAUAAUCAUAUUCCUUGUAAGAAGAGAGAACAGUUGAGGCAGUACAUAAACUGCACCAGAAUUUGCGUGAGUUUUUAUGAUUAGGUUUUAGAUUGCCUUAAUUGUUUACCGUAAAUUCCUCAAGAAUAAUUCUUGUAAGAUAUUUGUGGGCUAGCACCAGAUUUUUAUUGUUGGUUGAAAGUAAACUUAGUGUUAUCAUAUAUAUUGUUUUCUUGAAAGAGGAUUUAGGUUGUUGUAUAUUCAGAUGAAUUAUAUGAAUUUAUAUUCCAAUUAAAUAUUGUUAUAAGUGAAA